CAUCUCCGCAGAACCCCCGGAGAUCACCAGCUUCGUCAUUCUUUGGCGCUGUGUUUUGCGAGCUUUCCAUCUUGAUUGCGUUUUGCAUUUUUUACUGGAGAAUUCUCUUUAAUACUUCCGGAUCUUUCUAAAAACAGCUGAAAAUCAGUUACUCGCCAAAAGAAGAAAAGAAAGAAAGAAAAGACAAAACAAAUAGUCAGCGCACGUCGCCAUGAGUUUUCCUGGAAUGACCUCGCCCGCGGGCAUGGGCGGAGCCGGGGGCGCUGCCAUGCCCGGGAUGAGUGAGCAAGAGCAGAUGAUGGUCAAGUCGAUGCAAGCCGCCAUGGAGUCGUGUCCGGUGAAGACCGUGAUGGCCGGUGGUAUGGGUUUCGCACUUGGUGGUGUGUUCGGCUUGUUCAUGGCCAGUAUGUCCUACGAUUCCUCCUUCACCCCGCAGGGCAAAGCUAUCAUGGACCUCCCCUGGAAGGAGCAAGUCCGCCGCGGCUUCAAGGACAUGGGCACCCGCUCGUGGUCCUCGGCUAAGAACUUCGGUAUCGUGGGUGCGCUUUACUCAGGCACGGAGUGCUGCAUCGAGGGCCUACGGGCUAAGAACGACCUCACCAACAGCGUCAGCGCUGGGUGCAUCACCGGUGGCAUUUUGGGCGCCAAGGCUGGGCCUCAGGCUGCGGCCGCUGGGUGUGUUGGUUUUGCGGCGUUCAGUGCUGCUAUUGAUGCUUAUAUGCGGAUGCCGUCGGAGGAUGAUUGAACUGCUAGAGUGGUGUGAACCAACCCUUUUUCUUUGCAUGAAUGGGGUUGGUUGGUGGCGAAGAUUGCUGUAAGAGAUGUGGAA